AUGACGCCUGCUGACAGGCAUGGGGUGCUUGUCGACGGGGAAGUUCAGGCAGCCUUGGCGCCCAGCCUUUUUAGUGGGCUCGGUCGCGCAGCACGGGGCGUCCGCAUGGCUGACCCGAGUUACUCGGUCACCAGCCCCUCCCGAGGUGUGUUCACCCUGCAGCCACUGAAAUCCUGGAAGAGUCAGGAACGGAAGUCGGGCCCGGAAGGAAGGAAGCUGCGGAGGAAGGAAGCUCAGGAGGACGUCCGCUGCUCAGAUCUCUCCCUUGAGGCCGACCCCUGCCUCCAGCCCCCUGAUGGACGCCUCCCCUUCAGGGCUCAGCAGGGAAGCCGGAGGAGACUCCGCUGUCAGGUCGGCCAGGUGUGGGAGCGCCGGGCGGCAGCGUGGACGGGCGCGGCACUUCCACGUCCUUCGGGCAGCCCCGUGUGUGCCCUGGCGAUGGCCGUCCUACUCUCCAUGCUGCUGGCCCCCUCACUCCUCCUGGCCCAGGAGCACUUGGAUAAACAUCUUCCGACCGUGGAACAGAACUCCAGUCUAAACGUGAAGUUUGACCCAAAGACGACAAAAUUAACUUGGGACUGCCAGGAAAACGCUACCUACGCAGAAUGUGUGUUGAUUCACAAGGAGAAGGGACAGAUUAAAAAAAAGGUCAAAGACAAGGAAUGUCAGUGCACCUUUCAGGACUGUCCUCUCCAUGGCGGAGUCACGCUCACUGUCAAAGUACAUAUCAACCAAAGACGAAUUUCAGAAACGCUGGUCUACCUGAACCCAGGUGGGGAGGGCACAGCUGCCCAAAACUUCUCCUGUCUUAUCUACAAUGCAGAUUUCAUGAACUGCACCUGGGCCAAGGGCCAAGCAGCGCCCGAUGACGUUCAAUAUUUUUUGUAUAUAAGAGACUCAAAGAAAAAAAUCGAAAGAGAAUGUCCUUGUUACCUAAAAGACUCGGGAACCCAUGUGGGAUGUCACCUCCAAGACCUCUCGGGAUUAACUUCGUACAGUUACUUCCUGGUUAAUGGUACUAGCCAAGAAACAGGAAUCCAGUUCUUCGAUUCGGUUUUGUUGUUAAAAGAAAUAGAGCAAUACAACCCACCCAACAAUAUCACCGUGCACUGCAAUGAAUCACACUGCUUCAUCCGGUGGGAAAAGCCCAGGACCCGAAAAACACUGUCCAUCAGGGAGUUCCAGUACCAGCUGGACAUCCAGAGACAGAGUAAUACCGGAAGCAGUAGAAAUCAACUGAUUGUGGUGUCUGGUGACUCGGGGAAUAAAUACAGCUUUCCGAGACAGGGGCUCAGAGCCAAACACACUGUGAAGAUCAGGACGGCCGACGCCCGGAAAGCCCGCUGGGGCUCCUGGAGUCAGGCAGCUGAGUUUGGCUCUGCAGAACCAGAAUCCAGCCUGGUGCACGUCUACCUGCUGGUGGUCCUGGGGACCCUCGUCUGUGGCCUGACCAUCAGCUGCCUUUUCAAAAGGUUCCUGGGGACACGUAAGUUAUUCCCGCCAAUUCCACGGAUCAAAGAUAAAUUGAACGAUAACCAUCAAAUCGACCACCAGAUCCUCUGGGAGAAAUUUACACAUGAUGUGGGAAAAGGUGAGAAGGAAGAGGUCUUAGCCGUGGAAGAAGUCACAGAAGCCCCAGCGAAUGCGUGAAUUCCAGAUGUCUGCAUCUCCGGGACUUUCUGGAA